UGAUUCCUUUUCUCCUCACUCAAUCCCUUUGACAUUUCUCCUUUUUUCUUUUCCUUUGACUACCGAGACCAGUUCCCACCGUCCCAAGGUUCAACAAAGAGAUCUCAAAGAUCAUCCAAGACUUCCAGGUUACUAGAAACUUACUACUCGAAGCGUACGAGGUACAAUCCCUCCGCAAAUAGAUCAUCCACCAUCAAUGAAUACUUCCCGCUUCAGUUAAUCGAUAAGAUCUUCCCUCGCUUUUCCCAACAGACCAGCCAAUAUAAUCCUUUCCAGGGUCGCCCACAAGCCAUUCACACUAGUCAAACCAACAAUCCUAUUGGGUGGUCAGCGUUUACGAGGGAGGGGAGGAUACUCCGUCCCAGCCAAAGAGACCAUUCGAACGAAGCACGCAAUAUCUUUUUGACGAUAAUAAAUUAUAAUCUUCAAUUAUUAUUAUUAUUAUUAUUAUUAUUAAAUUUUCCCUCGAAUUCUAAUAUACAAUACCCCCCUCUCCCUCUCCGUCUUCGAUUUCAUAAAGUCCUCUUUCACUUUAUGUUUCGCUAUCGUCUUUCCGGCUCCCGAACAAACAUUGAACUUUCUGGUCGGAAUAUAACCUUAAGGAAUUGAUAAAUCACAUCAAUCCAUCCCCUUUUCCCCGCCAGCAUUUAUCCCGCACAACAAACACAUUGUUAAGAUAUUGGUCAAUUCAUCUCGCCCAACAUAACAAAUCACAUCAACGCACUCACACAUCUUAUUAUUGGACCGAACUUUCCUGUGCUCCAAAUUCCAUUUCCGGAUCGCAACAUUUCGCUCACUUCCAUCCCUUCCAUCCCUUCCAUCCCACUCUUCCGAUUUCGCCAAUUAAUUUCCUACGGGAGCCAUAUCGGUAGAAAUAUUAAUCUCUUAUCAGCACGGAUUCACAAUAGAUCCCUAGUACUAGUUUUAUCUGCCUAGCUAGCAUCUAGUAUUUAUUGCCUAGAGUCUAGCAUCGGGCAUCUAGUAUCUAUCUACCCACCUCGAGCCUCCCUAGUCCAACCCACUAUUACAUUAAAAAGAUCAUUCAUAGAGUCACAUCUCAAGAAUCUUUUUAAUCGCCAAUCGAGAUUAAAUAAAAAGAAAUCCAAUCCUUGAUUUGAUUUCACUCCAUUUUGUUUUGUUUCUGACCGUUCUAAUUCACCAUCACGAGAAACAUUCACAAGACCGAGAUCAACCGGGGAAGAAUCCAUCCUGAGAACUUAUCUACGACAUAUAAGAUACCAAGAUAUAUUUCACAUUCACGUACAACCAACAAUUAACAUCAAGCAUCUUCUACGACUUUCCUCUCUCUGGACAUAUCGAGACAAUCCUUGAGAUUCAUAGGAUAUCAAAGGAAGAAUACAUCUUCCCAACUGCCAAAAUGGCACACUCAACAAGACCAUCCGUUACCCGAACACACACGGCUCCUUCUCUUGCUCUAUCUCCAAGAACAAGCUCCGAAAAGAACACUGAGAAGAAGACCAACCACGUACGUAGAAAGUCCGGAAAGGAACUUGCGGUAGUGGCGGAAAAGAGAACUAGUCGACCUACAACUUUACACAGAAGGACUACACCGCAAGUUAUUACCAAGGCUGCCAGAAGUAAGGAGAGGGAAAGUCAAUACGUGGAGAAAGAUAACGGGGAGAGCUUUCCACAGUUCUGUAUGACUUGCGAAAAGCAAUUUACACCACCCAACAAUACCUUUCUGUAUUGCUCUGAACAAUGUCGUGUUCAUGAUCAAGCACCAACAUACACUUCUCGAUCAAACCCAUAUGCAACUGCACCAAACUCUCCACCAUUGACUCCAUUCUUGUCAAGUGCAGCUGUAUACUCCCCAGAAGAACCUCGAGAUAUUGUACCACGACUCUCUCCUACACAAUCUAGACCUCGAUCAUACUUCAACUCAUCGCCAUAUCCAACCGAUUUCUCCGUCGCAUACCACGUACCCUCCUCAUCCCUCCCAGCAUCGCACUUCUAUACUUCAUCCCAGGCCGAUACACAUUCAUCGAGUGCCUUGGAAAGCUUGAGAGAGUUAGCCACAGCGCUACCGCGAACACAUCAACCCCAGGAACCAGAAUCUCCACCGACUACUACACUCUCGAGGACAUCUUCGCAAGUCUGGAACUACAUGCCAUUCACAACCAAAACCACAACACCUACACCCCUUGCCACACCCGGAAACUCAUACUCCAACACCGGCAGCAGUUAUUCCGCUCGUCGAAGCCGAGAAGACUUGUAUGCUUUCGGAGCUGGCCAAACAUUUACUAGCACCGGGGGUAUGGGUAUGGGUAUGGAUCGUCCCUUGCCACCUCGAAGUGGUCCAGGUGGUUACGGACAUCGACCUAGAAGUAUCGAUCUGGUUACACCAUUUACACCUGGUGUUUAAACAAAGAUGAAAGAAAAAGAAGCAACGCUCGAAAAGAGCACAUAUUAUGCAUUAUUUGAGUUUGUUAUAGAUAUUUGAAUCUCCAAGCAUUGCGAGCAUUACAUUAUCGUUGUAGAUAUAGGAUUAUGAAGAAAUAGGAAUAUUGGAAUGGGUAUGGGCAUUCGGCAUACAUACGCACGCGCGAGCAUCAUAGAUGGCUAGCAAGGAAAUUUGUGACGGAGUUAAUCAUGGAAUCUAAAAAAUGGGAAGGGCAAUUUACAUGCAUAAUGCAUUAUGGGUAUCAGAAAAGGAUGGGAUGGGAUAGGAUGGAUUGGAAUGAAAUGGAAUGAAAUGGAUGGGUAAAUACUUGGGAUGAGAUGAGAGUCUGCAAUGGCUUUACAUCGCUUUUAGUUUAAAAUACCUAUAUAUACCUACAUACACAUCUCUAACACAUCAUUUUAAUAUCUGAAUUUGAUUC